AUGUAUGGCCUGGAUAUUAUCGGUCCAAUCGUAUUGCUUAUAGUAGCCUAUAUUCUACAAACUUUACAGGCGCUUAUUUUCAAAUUACUAAUUGAUUUUAUUGACGACAAAUAUGAAUAUCAAUGGCACGGAUAUGUCUAUUCAAUAAUGUUAAUUACAAUCAAUAUUUUCUACUCAUUAUUUUAUGCCUAUUCCUAUGAAAUAAUUAAUACAGUGGGUAUAAGAGUUAAAUCGUGUCUAACGGCAGCCAUAUAUCGCAAAGCACUGGUAUUAAGCAAUGAUAGCAAACGGCUCACACCUAAUGGAGAAAUUGUCAAUUUGAUGACAGUUGACUGUCAACGUAUUAUAGACAAUCUUCACUGGGCGCCAUUGAUAUUUACAACACCCGUACAAAUUUGUUUGGCCAUCUAUCUAAUCUAUCAGCAAUUAGGUGUGGCUGCAUUUGUUGGUCUGGGCGUAUUGAUUGCCGUUAUACCCAUCAGUUUCAUACUAACCGUAUUCAAUGGUCUAUCCAAACAAAAACAAUUUCAAUUGAAGGACAGUCGACUGAAUAAAAUGAACGAAAUACUAAAUGGUAUUAAAAUAUUAAAAUUAUACGCUUGGGAAAUACCUUACCUGAAAAUGGUUAACAAAAUACGUAAUCGCGAGCUAAGACACAUGUUGUGCGCCGGCCUAUGGCUUGCCGUUACACUAACGCUGACCAAUGCAUUGCCAAUGGUUGCACAGUUGGCCACUUUCGGCACGUUUUCGGCCAUUGAAGGCGAGGACAAGAUUAACGCUCAGCGCAUAUUUGUAUCCGUUUCGUUGUUUAGUUUGGCUAACAUUAGUAUUGUAACCAUGCCAUAUGCUUUCAAUUCAAUGAGCUUGAUUUAUGUAUCGAUUAAACGUAUCGAUAAAUUUCUCAAAUUACCCGAACAUUACAAUUAUGUUCAAAACAAUGAUAACAAACAAUUUGCGGUAACUGUAGAUAUGGCAACAUUUUCAUGGAUGGGUAGUCAAAAUGAUUUACAAUUAACAACAAUACCAACAAAAAGUACUACAACCACCACUACCACCAACAACAACAACAUCAUAUUGAAAGACAUAAAUCUUGACAUAACUAACGGUAUGUUUGUUGCAGUAGUAGGCGGUGUCGGCUCUGGAAAGAGUUCACUAUUAUCGGCACUGAUAGGCGAUAUGGAACUGAUAGGCGGCUCAGUUAACAUAGCACAGGACCAGUGUCUGGCAUAUGUUCCCCAACAGUCAUGGAUACUGAAUGCAACCCUCAAAGACAACAUACUAUUUGGCAAACCAUACGAUCCGAUUAAAUACAGUGAAGUUGUUAGUGCCUGUGCUCUCCAACCAGAUCUUAGGCAACUGUCCGGCGGAGAUGAGACUGAAAUCGGCGAAAAGGGUAUCAAUUUGAGUGGCGGUCAAAAACAAAGAGUCAGUUUAUGUCGGGCCGUCUAUUCUGAUGCCGACAUCUAUUUGUUUGACGAUCCGUUGUCCGCAGUGGACAGUCAUGUGGGCAAACAUAUUAUGACCGAAGUAUUUAGUUCGCGAACCGGUUUAUUGCGCGAAAAAACACGUAUUUUGGUCACCAAUCAGCUGUUUGUGUUACCCGAUGUCGACCUUAUUGUCGUAUUGAAAGAUGGCUCAGUGGCCGCUAUCGGUACCUAUGAACAGCUGUUGGACAACAAUAAAGAGUUUAACGAUUUGGUCGCACAAUACUCGGUAAACAAUAGACAACAGAAUAAUCAAGAAGAAGAUGAAGAUAUGUUAACUGAUGGUCAACUGGAUAGCACUGGUAGUAUCGACAACAAAUCAACAACAAUUGUUUCGACUACCGUUGAUACUACUGGUGACCAACCAUUCAAUAUGACACCCGUUUCCAAUUCAAUGCUUAUCAAUGAAGAGCACUUGGAGUCUGGAGUAAUCAAGUUUGGUGUUUAUAUUAAAUAUAUCCGUUCAAUGUCUAUUAUACUGGCCGUCAUGUUUUUGAUUAGUCUAAUAGGAGCUACUGUUUGCCAGAUAUCUGUCUACAAUUUGCUGUCCAAAUGGACAUCGGAUAUCACCACCAAAUCCAAAACACAAUACUAUCUGUCAGUGUUGGCCGCAAUGAUUGUCCUGUUUAUUGUCUUGUUUUUGGUAGCAGUGAUUAGUUUGGUUGCCGGUGUCCGACGGGCUGCCCAACAAUUGCACGGACAGAUACUUGACUGUGUAAUGCACGCACCCAUGACAUGGUUUGAUACGACACCAUUGGGUCGGAUAUUAAACAGAUUUAGCAGAGAUCUCGAUGUUUUGGACGGACAGAUAAGUGAUAAUAUUGGAGAAUUUUUUGUAGAGAUUCUAUCAGUAAUUGGCGGACUUAUUAACAUUUCUAUAUUAAUGCCACUAUUUUCAGCCCCAGUUAUUGUUGCAAUUAUUUUAUAUGUAUUAUUUCAGUUAUUUUACUUGAACAUAUCGCGUCAAUUAAAAAGAUUAGAGUCAACCACUCGAUCGCGAAUCAUAUCGCACUUUGAAGAGUCGGUCAACGGUCUGUCCAGUGUUCGGGCCUAUCGUUGUUCAGAUAGGUUUGUACGGGAAAUAGAGUCCCGAUUGGACGCCAACCAGAUGUGUCUGUAUCCCAAUGUUAUGGCCAUCAGUUGGCUACAGACACGGUUGGCUGUGCUGAGCAAUCUAUUGAUAUUUUUUGGCGCACUAUUUGCCGUACUGGCCAGAGAUCAACUAACUGGCGGUUCAAUCGGGUUAACCCUAUCGUUGGCCAUCGCACUGACGCCGACGCUCGAGAAUCAGAUAAAAUCGUUUACAUCGUUUGAAAACUGUAUCGUUUCAGUGGAACGGGUGGACGAAUAUACGCGACUAGAAUCCGAGGCCGACUGGCACUCGACCGCUAUUGAACUGCCGGCCAAUUGGCCGUCAAACGGUUCGGUACGGUUUGAUGGCUACGGUGCCCGAUAUCGUCCAGGAUUGGAUCUAGUUCUACGCGGUAUUGAUGUAUGCAUUAAACCCCGGGAAAAGAUAGGUAUUGUUGGCCGAACCGGUGCUGGAAAGUCAUCGCUAACGUUGGCACUGUUCCGGAUCAUUGAGCCGGCAAUGGGCAACAUUAUCAUCGACGACAUCGACAUCAGCCGAUUAGGUCUACAAGAGUUACGGUCGCGGUUGACAAUCAUACCUCAGGAACCGGUACUCUAUUCGGGUACUAUUCGAUCAAAUUUGGAUCCGUUUGGCAAUCAUACCGAUUCGGAUUUGUGGUCAGUAUUAGAACAGUCACAUCUCAAACAGUUUGUCCAGUCGUUGGACAGCCAAUUGGAUUCACCGGUUGCCAAAUCGGGCGAUAAUCUAAGUGUCGGUCAGCGACAACUUGUUUGUCUGGCCCGAGCACUGCUUCGUCAUACGUCUGUACUGAUCCUCGACGAGGCCACGGCUGCCGUCGAUGUGGAAACCGAUGCACUUAUUCAGCAAACAAUUCGCCAGGAGUUCAGUUCGUCUACUGUACUGACAAUUGCCCACCGAAUCAAUACGAUUAUGGACUCGGAUCGGGUAAUAGUGUUCAACAAUGGACGGGUAGCCGAGUUUGACGAACCCGACGUUUUGUUGGCCAACAAGUCUAACAUUUUCUAUACACUGGCCAGUGAUGCCGGAAUUAUUUGA